AUGUCGAUGCGCAUCGUCCCCUCCGCCGAGCACACCAGCACCGCCUCCCUGCACACGGCCUCGGCACCCUCAGCACCCGGCCUGCACGACACGCUCCGCCACGGCGUAGGCCCCUCGCUCUCGACCUCGUACGCCCUAUCGACCGCGACCGCCGACACGCCCGCCUCGCGCCACCCGCUCGAGGCGCGCCUCAAGGCCUGGGAGGCGACGCAGGAAAACGUACGCAUGGAGAGCCUGCGCAAGACGUUUGGCAUGGCGGAGCCGAUCCGGCGCGGCAUGGAGCUCAAGAUCACGCGCGAGGGCGCGUGGCGGCCGAUGGCCCUCGGCGGACAGGGUGUCGGUGGGGCGCACGGUAGCAGCGUACACGAGGAUGUGCUGCGCGGACGCGAGGCGUUUGUCGAUUGGGAUGACGUGUUUACGGGCGAGGAGCAGCGCGGUGCGGUGGGUGUCCAUGAGGAGAUGGAGCGGAAACUGAAGAUUUAA